GAAUUAAAACACUUUCACUGGGUCCUUUACAAAAAGAGUCAUCUUUGAUUUACCCGUUCUACAUCCUGUGUUCUCUGAACCUCUGUGUUUCCCUGUCCUACCUUACCUAUUUAUUUUUUUCCAAAGAGGAAGCAGGAUCAGGAUUUGUUCACUGCCUCACCCCUCCUCCUAGUUCAGCUGUCCUGGAGCCUGAACGUGGUCAAAAGCUCAACUCCAGAGUUCAUUGCUUUGCAAACCCCGCCAGACCGAAGUCUGAGAAAGGUUGCAAAAGGGUGUCCGGUGUCUGAGAUCGCCAUGAAGACUCUCAUUGCUGCAUAUUUCCAAAACCAGAGUGGUAAGGGAAAAGGCAGCAUAAGAUUUAAAGCUAUAGCAAAUAUGUCUACCAAAAAGGUCCCUUUAAAAAAUCAUUGGGUGAUGUGGGUUUUCAUGGUAAUUGUGCAACAGCUGGCUGUUUCCUGAGUAACACAUUUUGAUUUGGGGGCACAAAACAAGUCUCAAGGGUUUUAGGAAUGUCUGUGGAUGGAAUCUGGUGAUCUGGGAUUGAUCCCAGGGAAGAUUGAAGUGUAUUUCUAACCAGUUUAACAAAAAUACAAUUGCAUUAAAAAAAGAAAUCAGAUGGCAACCUUUACAGAUUGUAGAGAUGCUGUGGAUGUUAUUUAUCUUGAUUUCAGGAAACCACCUAUUUAUUCUGUCUUGCAAGCAGAUGGCUUCUUGAUGAGCAUAUGUCCAUUCAGUGCCACAGCACCUUGCAGAUGAAUGAAAGGGACUAGUGUAAGGGUCUGCACUUAGGCAGGAAUAAUCAGAUGCGCAGCUAUAGGAUGGGGGACACCAGACUUGAAAGUGCAAAAAUGAUUUUGUAGACCACAAGCUGAACAAAAAUAAGCUGGUGCUAUUCUAGGCUGUAUCAACAAAAGUCUAGUGUCCAGAUCAAGGGAAGUCAUAAUACUUCUUUAUUCUGCCUUGGUCAGACCCCACCUGGAGCACUGUGUCCAGUUCUGGGUGCCACCAUUUAAGAGAAAUAUUGAUAAGGUGGAACAUGUGCAGAGGAGGGUGUCCAAAAUGAUAAAAAGUCUGGAAACCCAACCUUGUGAGGAACAAGUGAAGGAGUUGGGCAUGUUUAGCUUGGAGAAGAGGAGACCAAGAAGUGAUAUGUGAGUCAACCUCAGAUAUUGAAAGGGUUGCCCCACAGAAGACGGAGCAAGCUUGUUUUCUGCUACCCUGGGGGGGGGGGGGUUGUACCUGAAAUGAUGGAUUCAAAUGACAAGAAAGGAGAGUCCAACUAAACAUUGAGAAGAACUUUCUGACGGUAAGAGCUGUUUGAUCAUGGAAUGAACUUCAUCGGGAGGUGGUGGACUCUCCUUCCUAGGAGGUUUUAAAGCAGAUGUUGGUUUUAUGGAUGGAUGCUUUACUUGAGAUUCCUGCAUUGCAGGGGACUGGACUAGAUUACCCUCGGGAUUUCUUCCAACUCUACAAUACCAGGAUUCUAUGAUCCCUCCCUCCCUCCCUCCCUCCCUCCCUGUUUAGCUCCUGAGUUUUUAAGUUAAGUACUUUUCUCUAAGAGGGGAUUGGUUGGCAACCUCCUUCAUUAUUUUAGUCCAUAUUGGGCUGUGACAUCUGUGGCAGUGGUUAAUGUUUCACCAUAUUUUAGCCACGAGGAAAUAAAAUGCCGAUGUGGGAGUCUCGAGGCCAAGAGGCGGGAAAGACCUUGACCAAAUACUUUCCUUAUCAGUCACAGUAGGACAGGAUGGGCUCUGAGAGACCAGAUGGGCUAAAAUUCUUCAAACUUCCCUCUCCUGCAGGUAGGAUGUGGGGAAGCGGGGAUGGGACCUUCAGCCAGUCACAACUUGGCCAUGCUUGUGAGAUGGAAUAAGAGGUUUUUUUUAGAGUUGGAAGGACCAUCAAGAGUUAUCUAGUCCAUCCCCUGCAGUGCAGGAAUCUCAGCUAAAGCAUCCAUGACAGAUGCCCAUCCAGUCUCUGUUGAAAAAUCUCCAAUAAAGGAGAGUCCACCACUUUCCAAGGGAUUCCAACAACUCUUACUGUCAGAAAGUUAUUCUUGAUGUUUAGUUGGAAUUUCCUUUCUUGUAACUUGAAUCCAUUGGUUCGGGUCCUACCUUUCAGAGUAGGAGAAAACAAGUUUGCUCCAUCCUCCAUGUGACAGCCCUUUAGAUAUUUGAAGAUGGCUAUCAUAUCUCCUCUCUGUCUCCUUUUUUCCAGGCUAAACAUGCCAACUCCAUUAACUGUUCUUCAUAAGGCUUGGUUUCCAGACCCCUGAUCAUAUUGGCUGUCUACCUAUGCACAUGGUUCAGCUUGUCAAUAUCCUUCUUAAAUUGUGGUGUCCAGAAUUGGACACAGUAUUCCAGGUGUGGUCUGACCAAGGCAGAAUAGAGCAAGACUAUUACCAUAUUGGCCCGAAUAUAAGCCACACCCAAAUAUAAGCAGGACCUUAAAAAUUGGAGGAGAAAAAAGAAAAAAUCCACAAAUAUAAGCAGCUCCCUUCCUGGCUCCUUCUGGAGAGGAUGGGGCACUACGCGUGGGGCAGGCACUGCUUCGCCACGCUCCUGGCGCUGUUUGCCUUGCGCUCCUUGCUGCAUACCGUAAUGUUGCAAAUAUAAGCCACACUUUAACUUUUCACGUUUGGAAUUUGGGGGGAAAGUGAGGCUUAUAUUCAGGCCAAUGCAGUACUUCCCUUGAUCUGGACUCUAGUCUUCCAUUAAUGCAGGCUAGUAUGGCAUUAGCUUUCUUCGCUGCUGGAUCACACUGUUGCCUCAUGUUAAGCUUUUGAGGGAGUCCAUUCCACUGUCAAAUGGCUUUUACUGCCAGAGCUGGACUCUUCUUCUUUGCAGCUGGAAUCCAUCAGUUUGGGUCCUAUUCUCUGGAGCAGUAGAAAACAAGCACGCUCCAUUCAACAUUCCAGUAACCCACUUCAUAGUGUUACCAGAAAUCAAAGCUUAAAUGACCAGAGCUUUUAACACCUUUUGAAAACAGGCACUAAAAUCCCUUACUGAUGAGAGAGACCCCAUCUGAAAAUUUCCAGAUCUUAUUGCAAGAAAUCUCAGGGGUGCAUUGGACUCCCGAGGGUCUUAGCAGGUUGAAGAACACCCCGCAAUAUCUGGGACUCAGAACCAUACCAGUCAGUGAUGUUCAGAUCCUCUUGGCAAAAUUGAUGAUGCCACAUGAGGCCUCCCAGUCUCUGGGCUCCCAGACUCCUUGGCGCUGCCUCUCACCUUCUGACUGGACCCCCCUUGCCUGGGCUCAAGAACUUCUACUACUUGGGGGCAGAACUGGGCUUCUGUCUUGUCACCUGAGCCAGCUGCCUAGGUUAAGUUUCUCGGAACCUCCCUUGCUCAUUCUGGGUACCCCCUUUCUGUCCUCACCCUGGCUCAAGCCUAGCAGAAGCUCCAGUGCUUUGAUGCUUUGCUCCUGCUCUAUGACCACUUAAAUGGGAUCAGAUCCUGGACCCAGCCCCAACCUGUGGCCAACCUUGUUCACCUGCAUCUCUGAGUCAGAGUACUUGGCUCAGUGGAGUCAAGGUGGGGAUGCUCAAAUGAUAUUUCGUUUCUGCAGCCAUAUAGCCUUUGCAUCGGUCCUGGGCUAUGCAGGGAGUGCAUAUUUAUUGAGCGGGCCAGGGAGAAUUUGGACAUCUUGGAUCCGCUUCCCAUAUGCUCUGUGAAAUUUUGGAACAUUCUUUGGGGAGGGUGUGAAGGUCCUCUUCUCUCCAAAGCUGGAGGCUUGUGGUCUGCUGAGUAUUCCAGAGCCUGGGAGCUGCUCCCAAGUCCUUGUCUCCUGUGGACUUUUCAUUAGUGCUCUUUUUUCCAAGGAAUCAACCCCCCGGCUGCCUCCAGUGCAUUAGCCAUUGAGGGGCAUCCUUGAACCAAAUUUCAGUCUCCAAAACCCCAGGAGAGUAAGAGCUGUUCAACAGCAGAACUGACUCUCUCAGAUGGUGGUGGACUCUCUUCCACUGGAGCUUUUAAAACAGAGGUUGGCUUGCCAUCUGUUAGUGACUCUGUGAUGUCUGCGUUGCAGGGGGUGGACUAGAUGACAAUUUUGAGCACUUCCAACCCUAUAAUUCUGUGAUAUGAGGCUAUCAAAAUAUCCAUGUGAAUAUCUCUCUUUAUAUAUAUAUAAUUUUUUAUUAGUUUUUUUAACAAAUCAUUUUCAACAGUAAUUAAACAUACUUUUACAUCUUAUUCAAAUUUUUGACUUCCAUCAAUCCUGUCUGGAAAUUUUCCAAUCUAAUCUCUCUGUAUGCAUUUCUUAUCUUCCCUAUUACAUUUCAAACUCAUAACCAAUAUCUCUAUCUUUUUCUACUUUGUAACACUUUGUAUAUUUCUCCUUACAAAACUUCUUGUAGUCCUACUAGCGUAAUUUGUUGAUUACAGUUGCUCUUCAAAUAAUUCAUAUACUUCUUCCAAUUUUCUAUAAAUCUCUGGUCCCGCAGGUUUCGAAUCCUUCCUGUCAUUUUGUCCAGUUCUGUGUAGUCCAUUAAUUUCAUCUGCCAUUCUUCUUUCAUCGGAAUUUCUUCUUGUUUCCAUUUCUGGGCUAACAAUACUCUUGCCGCAGUUGUUGCAUACAAAAACAAUUUAACAUCUUGCCUAUUAAUGUCCUGACCUAUAAUACCAAGUAAAAAUGCUUCUGGUUUUUUAAAAAAUGUAUAUUUCAAGAUCUUUUUCAUCUCAUUAUAUAUCAUUUCCCAGAAGUUCUUUACUUUUUUACAUUCCCACCACAUAUGAUAAAAUGUUCCUUCUUUUUCUUUACAUUUCCAACAUUUAUUAUUUGUCUUAUACAUUUUAGCUAAUGUCACUUGUGUAAUAUACCAUCUAAACAUCAUUUUCAUCAUGUUCUCUUUCAAAGCAUUAUAGGCUGUAAAUUUUAUCCUUUCAUUCCACAACCUUUCCCAUUCUUCAAGCUGUAUAUUAUAUCCAAAGUCUUUUGCCCAAUGCAUCAUUACCGAUUUCACUUCCUCAUCUUUCAAAUGCCAUUCCAGCAGUAUUUUAUACAUUUUAGACAUUGCUUUACAUUCAUUGUUUAAUAUUUCUAUUUCAAAUUUUGAUUUUUUAUCAUCAAAUCCUUUUUCCUUUAAAUCCUCUUUAUAUAUUUCAUUGACUUGGCGAUAGUGCAACCAAUCAUUUACAUAUUCUUUAACUUCUUCAUAUGGUUUCAUUUUCCAUUUAUUUCCUUUCCCCCACAACAAAUUCUCAUAGGUAAUCCAAUUUUUACUCAUAUUUAUCUUUUUCACACUCAUAGCUUCUAAUGGAGAUAACCACCACAGUGUUUUAUGUUCUAAUAAGUUUUUAUACCAGUCCCAUACUUCAUAUAAAGAUCUUCGAAAUAUGUGAUUACCAAAUCCUUUAUGGAUUUUUGUUUUAUUAUACCAUAGAUAUGCAUGCCAACCAAAUCUAUUGUCAUAACCUUCUAAAUCCAACAAAUCUGUAUUUCUUAACAGCAUCCAUUCCUUUAACCAACAGAGGCAUACCGCUUCAUAGUACAACUUCAAGUCUGGCAGGGCGAAGCCCCCUCUUUCUUUAACAUCUGUUAACAACUUAUAUUGUAUUCUUGGUUUCUUCCCCUGCCAGACAUAUCUUGAAAUUGCUUUUUGCCAUUCUUUAAAAAUUUCUGCCCCCUUGAUUAUAGGAAUUGAUUGAAACAAAAAUAAAAUCUUUGGUAGCACAUUCAUUUUUAUAGUUGAAAUCCUUCCCCCAAAUGAUAAUUUCAUUCUUCCCCAUAUUUCCAUGUCUCUCUUAAUUCCAUUCCACACCGGUGUAUAGUUAUUUUGAAAUAAAUCUAUGUUCAUUGUGGCUAACCAAAUUCCUAAAUACUUAACUUUUUAAACUACUUCUAUACCAAUUCCCUGCUGCAACAGAGCAACCAAGUCUUGUUUCAUAUUUUUAACUAAUAUUUUAGUCUUGCUUUUGUUUAAUUUAAAACCUGCUACUUGUCCAAAUUGUUCUAUUUCUUUAAUAACUUCUUUGGCAUUAUUUAAUGGUUCUUCUAUAGUUAGUACCAAGUCAUCUGCAAAGGCUUUCACUUUAUGUUCUUUCCGGCCAACUGAAAUUCCUUUUAUUUAUCCAUGUGAAUAUCUCAAAGGGGAGUUCAUCACUGUCAUGUUUGAGGGUGUCCUUUUUACUCCUGGCAUUUUGUACGGAUCUGAGGUAUUAUUUUCUGUGCCUUGGUUGAUCUGAGCCCUUAGGUCAUCAAGAGGGAGAAGAUACUGAAUUGUGCCACUUUCACCAGUAUAACUGCUCAAAAACUAUGGCAUCAUUUAGUUUUCCUCUGCUUAGGACAGAAGCUUAGUCAGUGCAAUUCUCCUUCCGUUUUUGUGUGUGUGUGUGUGUGUGUGUGUGUGUGUGAAAAUAGCACCUGGUACCAUUUUCUGAUGGAGGUAUGGUUAAUUGGAUAUGCAUAGGAACAUUCAUUUUUGGAGGCAGGAGGUGUCAUUUCCUUUCUUUUGUUGUUGGUAUACCUUUUCUCAUGCUUUGCAGUCUAGAAGUUUCCAUUUUCCACUUUCCUCACCUUGCAGAUAACCAGCCUAAACAGUUAUGGCUUCCCCCCAGAUACCCUCUCACCAGAGGAUCCUGGGAGCUGUAGUUUGUCCAGGAGGCCUUUAUCCCCGUCCCAAAGUUAUAAUUCCCUGGAAUGAGGAAUUGUCUGUUAAAUCACUCUGGGAACGGCGCAGCCCUUCUCUGCAGCCCUUCUCUGCAGUUGCCAUUUUCUUAUAUAAAUCAAGAUGGAUAUGUGCAAUUCUGCAGCACUGGUUUGUUUGUUUUUAAGGCAUUUGCAAAAUAUCUUGGUGUGAAGACUCACAUCCGAAGCAUUUACAGUUCACCCAAUUCAUUCCAAUGUUUGUACAGAAAAGAUCUGCACCUUUGCUUUACUGGUCAGAUUAUUCACUGGGAUUCUGCAAACAAUGAUACCCCCUCCCCCAAAUCACCAAAGGACAAAGAUAAAUCCUCUACUUGUUUUAAUUGGCUCCCCUAAUUGUUGUAUUGGUUGAGAUAGAUGAAAACUAUACUUGGCCUUAGAACCAGAAAUGCAAUCUUAUGGUAACAUUAGUAUAUUAUAAUACAUGAUCAAUGUUGUUCAUUUUUAGGAAGCAUGAGAGCUUCAAUAUCAUCAUCCUUCCAUGGGAUGAUACAUAUAAUAUCUUCAACCCACGAUCCUCAGAGUCUUUCAACUUUAUCCCCUUGCAUUUCUCCUUAGGCUUAAAACUGUAGGAUAAAGCACAAUAUCAGAACUAGGUCCCUGAUGCCAUGCAAGCUUAACAGGAGUUCCCUGCUUAAUCUACAAUUCUACAAUUGUAUGGUUCAUUCAUUUCAUAGAUGGCACCUGGCUUUUAGUAGGAAAUUCAAGUACCUAUAGCCCCCUGUGCUGGAGUGGUCCCUUUCAGCUCUACAACUCUAAUUUUUUAAAGCAAUUUCUGCAUUACAGGGGGUUAAACUAGGUGACCCCCUGAGAGUCCCUUCCAACUCUACAGUUUUGUAAUUCUAUGAUCCUUUAUGCAAAGCAAUGCCUGUUUGCAUCUCUAUCAUCUGCCCUGACCUUCCUUACUCUCACCUUUAUCCUCCUGCCAACUGUCUGAACAAAUAUCAGUUCAUAUCAUGCCACUAUUUCUGGCUGCCAGAGUUGGACACCACCCUCCCACCCACCAUCCCAAGGGCAGGUGGCGGGCCAGGGUGAACUUAUUCUUGGGUCACCAACCCUUUUCUUCAUCAUUGUUUUCACACUGCUGGGAUGUGGCAAUACAAGAAUCUAGGAAAAGAGUCAACACUUAGGCAGGAAUAAGCAGAUGCACAAUUAUGGGAUGUGGGAACAUCUGGCUUGAAAAGAAUUUGAGAGUCUAGGUAGACUUCAGGCUUAACAUGAAGCAACAGUGUGACAUAGCAGCAAAUCCCUCAAGUGAAUCUAGGUGGCAUCAACAGAAGAUGUGUGUCUAAAUUAAAGGAACUCUAUUCUGCAAUGGUCAGCCCUCACUGGAAGUCCUGUGUCCAGUUCUAGGCACCACAAUUUAAGAAGGAUAUUGACAAGCUAGAAAGUAUGCAAAGGAGGGCAACCAAGAAAAUAAAGGGUCUGGAAACCAAGCAUUAGGAUGAACGGUUGAGGGAGUUUAGAUUAUUUAGCCUAGAAAAGAGGAGACUGAGAGGAUAUAUGAGAGCCAGGGCUUUUUUUCAGAUGGAACUCAGUUCCAGCCACUCUCAGGUGGGCACCAAAUGUUGCCAUUCUAAGAGUACAAGAGAGGUGUUCAUGGUGAAUUCCGGCACCUCUUUUUCUAGUAAAAUAGCACUGAUGAUAGCCAUCUUCAAAUACCUUAAGUGAUACACAGAGGAAGAUGGAGCAAACUUGUUUUCUGGUGCUUCAGAAGGUAGGACCCAAACCAAUGAAGGAGACCCGAACAACAAGAAAGAUUCCAUUGGGUAUGAUUUUCUGGUGGUAAGAUCCAUUUGACAGAGGAACAGAUGACUGUGGAAGGUGGUGGACUCCAUUAAAAAUUUUUAAACCAGAGUCUGAAUGCUUGUUUAUCAGAGAUUCCUUAGCUGUGAUUCCUGCAUUGCAGGCAUUGGACUAGAUAACCCUUGGGGACACCUUCCAACUCUACAGUUAUAUGAUUCUUUGGGGCAGACCCUAUUAGAGUGUAUGCUUAGUUCUGUAGAUGGGCAAUCAUUGUACGACUAUUCCUUCCCUUGAGCUGGGCACAAGAACUCCAUCGUUGCAGCUGAGAUUUGCAUGAGCUAUUUUUGCUGCUGCAUCACACCGUUGACUCACCUUAAGCUUGUGGUCUACUAAGACCCCUGAGAUCCUUUUCGCAUUGAAUGCUGAUGCACACAGAAAUGCCACGUGUCUCUGUUUGCUGAAAUGCCAUGCUUAAGCAGCAUACGUGUCGCUGGCUGGCUGGCUGGCUGCUGAUGCACACAGAAAUGCCAGGUGUCUCUGUUUGCUGAAAUGCCAUGCUUAAGCAGCAUACGUGUUACUGGCUGGCUGGCUGGCUGCCUUCCUAGGUAAAGAGGGGUGAUUCUGCCCAUGACCUUUCCUGCCCUUUGUCCUGCAUGCGCCUGUUGUCUGUAUGUCACUGGAUGGCGCAACCUGCUUUUCUCAAGGGUGGAAUCCACCAGAUGUUUCUGGGGAUUGGUUCAGUCACUGAGGGCGUCUCCCAAUGGUGGGAGGGUGGAGAAAAGCUGAGCAAACAGGUCAGUGCAACCUGGUCUGGGUGUCCUUUUCCUUUCCAGGGAUCCAUGCCAGCAUCCAGGCUGCUCUCCGCGUGCUGCUGGCUGUGCCAUGGCCUUCAAAACGAGAUUUCUUGGCUGGCCUCCAGCUCCUGUCAGUCCUCCAGUGGAUUUUCAGCUUCUUGAUGCUGGGUGAGUAGAAUGUGACUCUUUUUCUGACUGAUGGCCACCUUGAGAAGAGGGACAGUGUCAUGUGGUGGUUAGAGUUUCGGUCUAGGACCCGGGAGAGGUUUGAAUCCCUACUCGGCUACAAAAUGCACCGGGUGUGAUCCUGGGGACCAGUCACUGCCCGUCACCUUAACGUACCUCACAGGGCAGUUGUGGGGAUUAAAUAAGACUAGGACCUGGGCGAUCAGACUUCAAAUCCCCCCUCAGCCAUGAAGUCAAUUGGGGAAGUUUGGGGGCCGGCCAGCCACUGCUUUUUGGCCUAACCCACCUCACAGGUGGCCCUGUCAUGGAUGCUUUAGUUGAGAUUUAGUUGGACUUCACUAAACAACCCUCAGGGUCCCUUCCAACUGUACAAUUCUGUUAAUCAAGACCUGAGAGCCUUGAAGGAGUAAAGCAGGAGUGGAGAAUACUGAGGAGACAGUGAAGAAACCGGUUUCCUUUGCAUUGGUGACAUAGUGAUUGUUGGGCACUUUCCUUUCCAAUCCUUCCUAGAAAGAUAUAUAAAACAAAAGUUUUCUCUACCUGUGAGUUCCAUCAUAGUUCAGAACAGAAGUUUAAAAUACACAUUUGCCAGGAUAACACAAUGGGAAAAGACCUCCAAAGGGAUGGCUGAUUUGACACAUGUGCUUUGGUCAAGCCAUCUCUCUGGCUAAACAGUUGCCCUGAGACCACAGAACCAAAGAUCAGCUCAUAUUAUCCUCACAGCAACCCUGUAAAUUACGCUGGGCAGAGAGAUGGUGACUUACCCAAGGUCACAUUCAGAAAGUUUUGUGGCUGAGCAGGGGACUAGAGCCUGGCUCUCUGGGUCUUAGCCCAGCUCUCUAACCAUUAUACCAGUUUGGCUCUCAAAGGAGCCCUGAGCCAUAUAGAGUUUGAAGUAAGUAAGUACACAAAUGAAUGAAAAAAAUGAAUGAAUGAAUGAAUAUGUAAAUGAGUAAAUGUAUGCAUGUAUGUAUUGUUACAAGCCUCUCUGAGCAAAGCAAAAUUCCAGGUGUUCCAAGCACUUACCUAGGGUUCAGUUUCCUUGGAAUGAGGGACAGCAGAGACUGUGGUGUCAUUUGGCUUUAUGGUUUAUUUACACAUAUAUACAACCUGACCACAAGCAUUAACACCUCAGAAAGUCUUGCCUCUUCCUUACUCACAGCCCUAGAUUCUAGCAGAAAUCAAACAUGUCUCUGUGUCUCAGCUGCUGCUUGCAGCCUGCUUUUAGCUAAGGUCUCACAUAACACAUGGGAUAUAAAUGCAAUAAAUAAAUUAAUAAAGUGGCUUUAACUGAGCUAAAUAAGCUAUUUUUUUCUUCCUCUCCCUCAGGGAUGGUUUCCCUGAUUCUCCUUAUCUAUCUGGCUUUCACCAGUUUCUGGCCCAUUUCUGCUCUCUACCUGGUUUGGCUUAUCUAUGAUUGGAAUACACCUGAGAAUGGUGAGUGAAGAAGCAUCCUGGCUGUUUAGAGGGAUUUUGUUUGAAGGUACAGCUCUUUUUUGUGUGUGUGCAUUUGUCUUUAGGCAUUUUGUUCUCCUUGAACAUUAACUGAGGGUGGUUGCCACAGUAGUACCUUUUGGACCCUGCUUUCACAGGUCCAUGAAAUCAUAUAAUUAUGUGGAGUUGGAAGGGACCUCUAGGAUCAUGUAGUGACCAGCUGCCUGCAAUGUAGGAAUCACAGCUGAAGAAUCCCUGACAGAUGGCCGUCUGACCAGCUGCUUAAAGGACUUCAAGGAAGGAGAGUCCAUGGGAGCCGGUUCCACUGUUGAAUGAUUCUUACCCUCAGAAAAAUAUUCCUAAUGCUUCCAUGAUGGAGAAGUGCCUCAGCUAAUGUUUUUUGUACACUGCGGAUGAAAAAUGGGAUUCUACAAUUCUGUGAUUCUGUGAUGAACGACUCGAGAAUCACCUUUGUAUCUGAGAUGUUGGAAUGACCAUUCCCACUGAUAGGAAAAAGGGAAACCAGGUUAGCAGGAGGUUUGUUUCAGCCACAUGACUGCAAACACUCUGUGCAUUCCUUGACAGUACUCCCAGCCUAGCCCAUAAUGUUUGCCCAGCUUUGUCACAAACCCAAAGUCCAUCCAACGUCACUCCUCAGAGGUCUAAGUAUCACACCUGACAACAAAGAGAGGAAUCCCACAAGAGCAGCUCUCUCUUGUGUGGCAGGCUACAGAACGUGACAUUUCUGCAAGAGAAGGGGCAAAGCAAACUUUUGUAGUGGUUCCUACAUCACAGGUGUUUGGACUAGAUGACCCUUUCAGAUCUCUUCCAUCUCUGUGUGAUUCUGUGACCCUGUGAACAGGUCCAGGGUCAGGCAGUGUUUGGUUUCCUUUGGAUGACACUCAUAAGAACACAAGAAGAACUUGGUGCAUCAUGGCAAUGACCCUUGCAUUCCAGCAUUCUUUUCCCACAGUGGCCAACCAGAUGCCCCCAAAAUGAAUAUCUGCUUUCACAGAAUCAUGGAGAGUUGCAAAGGGCCUCCAGAGGGUCAUCUAGUCCAGCCCCCUGCGAUGCAUCACUGGGCUACUUGGAAAGGCAGGCACAUAGCUAUGGUGGACUUUACCUUCAUUGACACAACAGUGAUUAUAUAUUUACAAAUUGGUGGUGGGAGGUAUGAAGUAUGACCUGGUUUAGAAAGGUUUAGAAACUCAGGACCAGUUUACCUGAGAGAUCGUUUUACCCCAUAUGAGCCCUCUUGACUACUUUGAUGCACAGAACUGACACCAUUACAGGUGCCACAUAAUCCCAGUCCCACAUUUUUAAGAAAUCAGUCUAUUAGUGUGGUAGCACCUACACUUUGGAACUCCCUGCCUAUUGACAUCAGACAGGUACCUUCCCUGUACCUUUUUCGGUGCCUGUUAAAAACAUUUUUGUUUAGGUAAGCCUACCCAGACAUGUAGAACAUUAAUGUAUGUUUUAAUCUGGUUUUAGCUUAUUUCUGAUUUUUUUAUUGUUAGAAUGUUUUAAAUACUUGCUUUCAGCUGUUUUAACCAAUGGUCUUAUUAUUUGGUUCUCUCUGUAAACCGCUUUGAGGAUGGCUUGUUUUGUUUUAACAAUCAAACGGUGCAAAUUUUAAUGAAAUAAAUAAAGGCCAUAAACCAUUUGCUUUUUAGGAAGACCCUCCCAGACCAAAUUUGAGGCACCUGCAGCAGACCCAGAUGGAGGGGUCAGUGGCAGCAAUUGCUGGACAGCAGACUUGUGUUUCCACGUACAAUGGUUCCUGUCCCCCCCCUUUUAAUUUUUCCUUCUUUUCCUAGAGUCAUUAUUACGUUCUAUAACUCUUGGUUGCAAGGGCACUCAGAGGCUAGAAUAAAUCUGUCUUCCCAUUUCUGCAGGUGGGAGAAGUUCUAUUUGGGUCCGGAACUGGUCCAUCUGGAAUUACUUCCGAGAUUAUUUUCCGAUUCAGGUAAGCACCAGUGUGUGGUACAAGGGUGCUUCUGGGUCUUCCCAGCCGUGGUGAGGCUGCAAGCCAUGAAAUCAUAGAACCGUAGACUUGGAAGGGCCCCAUGACUCAUAUAGUCCAACCACCUGCAACACAGGCAUCACAGGUCAAGAAUCCCUGACAAGUGGCCUUCCAACCUCUGCUUAAAAACUUCCAGUAAAGAAGAGCCCAUCACCUUCUGAGUGAGUCUGUUCCAUUGCAAAUGGCUCUUACCUUCAGAAAAUUAUUUAGUCUGAAUUAUUGUUUAUUGCCCUUUGAAUCCAUCAGGAUCCUCCCCUCCAGAGCAGCAGCACAGAAGCUGCCUUUGUCUUCCAUACAACAGUCCUUCAGAUAUUUGAAGAUGGCUCUCAUGUUCCCUCUAAUUCUCAUUUUCUCUAGGCUGAAUAUACCCAAUUCCCUCAACCAUUCCUCAUAAGGCUUGGUUUCCAGGCCAUCUUGGUUGCCCUCCUCUGCACACCUCCCACCUUCUUCAUAUCCUCCUUAAAAUGAAAUGCUCAGAACUGAACACAGGACUCCAGGUGUGGUCUGACCAAGGCAGAAUAAAGUGGUCGCAUGACUUCCCUUGAUCUGAGCACUAGACUUCUGUUGAAGUAGCCUAGAACUGCAUUAGCAGUUUUUGCUGCUGAAUCACACUGUUGACACAUGUUAAGCUUUUGGUGUACUAAGAGCACUUGGUCGAGUUUGUCAAUAUCGUUCUUUAAUAUCAUUCAGCUGGUGAAGACUCAUGACCUGCUCCCCAGCCACAACUACAUCAUCGGGAUCCACCCGCAUGGGAUCCUCUGUGUUGGAGCUUUCGGCAACCUUGUCACUGGAGCCACCGGCUUCCAUGAAAAGUUUCCUGGGAUCAAACCCUUCCUGGCCACACUGGCUGGCAACUUCCGAUUGCCUGUCUUCAGGGAAUACCUAAUGAGUGGGGGUGAGUGUCUUCUUCUGUGCUGUCUCCAUUGAGAUCCUGGGAAAAGGUGACAAGUCGGGUGCUGCAGGAUUCUGUUCUGGGCCUUCUUGUUCAACAUAUUUGUAAAAAUGUCUUGUAUUAAGGAAUUGAGGGGAUAUUCAUCCAAUUUGCAGAUGUCACCAAACUGGGAGGGGUAGCAAAUACUGCAGAAGACAGGAUCGGGAUUCAGGAUGACCUUAACAGAUCUGAGGACUGUGCCCAAACUAACAAAUUGAAUUUCAAUAGGGACAAAAGUAAGGAUCUAAAGUAGAAUUUUCCAAAAUUUUCGUGUUGGUGACACACUUUUUAGACAUGCAUCAUUUCUCAACACAGUUAUUCAGUUUUACUAGCAAAUUGGAGAUUAAACUAACCCCUUUCCAGCCCCGGGAGAAGUAUAGGAAGCGUUCGCGUGACACACCUACAUACUGCAGCUGACACACAAAUGUGUCAUGACACACAGUUUGGAAAGCUCUGGUCUACACUUAGGCAGGAAGAAGCAGCUGCACAAAUAAAAUAUGGGGGACACCUGGCUUGCCAGUAGUACAUGAGAAAAGGAUCUAGGGAUCUUCGUAGACCACAAGCUGAAAAUGAUUCAAUAGUGUGAUGCAGUAGCAAAAAAGCUAAUGCUAUUCUAGGCUGCAUCAACAGAAAUCUAGUGUCAAGGUCAAGGGAAGGAAUAAUAUCACUGUAUUCUUCCUUGGGCAGACCACAACUGGAAUACUGUGUCCAGUUCAGGGCAGAAUGAUAUUGACAAGCUGGAAUGCAUACAGAGAGAGUUAACCAAGAUGAUAAAAGGUCUGGAAACCAAGCCUUGUCAGGAACAGGUGAGGGAGUUGGGGAUGCUUAGCUUGGAGAAGAGGAGACCUAGAGGUGACAUGAGAGUCAUCUUCAAAUAUCUAAAGGGUUGCCCAAUUGAAGACGGAGCAAGCUUGUUUUCUGCUGCUUCAGAGUGUGGGAUGAACCUAUGGAUUCAGGUUACAUGAAAGGAGAUAUCAGGAAUAAUUUUCUGACAGUAAGAGCUGUUCAACAGUGGAAUGGACUCCCCUGAAAAGUGAUGGACUCUCUUUCCUUGGAGGUUUUUAUCAGAGGUUGGAGGGACAUCUGUCAUGGAUGCUUUAGUUGUGAUUCUUGCAUUGCAGGGGGUUGGAUUACAGGGCUCUUGAUGGUCCCUUCCAACCCUGCAAUUCUAUGAUUUGAUUCCCUGUGCAGAUGUCUCUGUGCUGGUCCCGGGGGGAAGGUUACUGUUGGCGUAGUCAAAGUCCGGUCCUGGGUCACUAGCCUGGAAACAGUUCACAAGGAGCAGGGCGAGGUCCGAAGCAGGAAGCCGGGCGGGGACAGGAACACUGGAGGGUCAGGUCUGGGUCCGGGCAGGAACAGGUACUCAACAACGACGUUGCUCCCGCAACCUGGGACCGGGCUGACUGGCCUUUAUCUUCUCUGAGGCCAGGGGCGGUCCCGGCCCCCAGGAGACCCACCUCUCCUGGCCUUAAGGCGAGCACUCCUCCUGGGAGAAACCAGUUCCCUUCGCCUCUCUGCCCUGCGCCUCUGCAGUUCAGGAGAGGCUGAAGGGUUACUGGGCCCAGGGGGAGACUCACCUGUAGGCACUGAGUCCUCAAGCACCUCUGGAGCCAGAGUGGAUUCACCUGGUGCCUGCUCCUGAGGAUCUGGCACAGGUGCAGGCGCCUCAGAAUCAAGGCCCUGCCCCAGUUCAGCCAGCCCUGGAGGCGGGGCCUCCUGUGCAGGCUGGGAUUCCUCUGGUUCACCCUCUGAAUCGGAUUCCCAGGCCAUCACAGUCUCUUUAUUAUAUCAUCAGCCCUUUAGGUCUAAAAAGAAAUGACUUGGGCAUGCAACAGCCCUGCAAGUUGGUGGGGAUGACGACGACUUCUAACUCUCUUCUGAUUCUGUGGCCCUUUAGGUCUCUUCCCUGUGACCCGUAAGGCAAUAGAAUACCUCAUAUCCCGGAAUGGGACUGGGAAUGCUGUAGCGAUUGUAGUUGGUGGUGCAGCAGAGGCCCUCUCCUGUCGGCCAGGAGUGACAACGCUGAUCCUGAGUGAGCGCAAGGGGUUUGUUCGGAUGGCGCUCCGACAUGGGUGCGUACCACCAGUUGAACAUUACAUUCCUUUCCUAGCUGACAGGUGGCAGAGAGACCUCAGGAUGGCCAGAAACUUAAGAUGCCAAUGGCAUUUGAAGAGUCCUUCAGAUGAAUCAGAAGAAAGGUACCACACUGGCCAACCAGUGGCCCCUGGUUUGGACUAGGCAACCCGUUACGUUCCUUCCAACUCUAUAAUUCUAUGUUUCUAUGAAACUCUAGCAGCAAUAUUCAGCAGCACGUGUAUUUUGAUUCUGGAGGGUCAAGGAAGCUACUAUCAUGGUUGUUGUAGUUGUGGGUAGCUCCUGCACAGAAUCCUAGGAGGGUCUCCUAAGGGACAUCUAGCCCAACUCCUUGAAAUGCAGGAGUGGAGUCACAGCUGCAAGAAUUCCUGGCAGACAGUCAGGGCCGGAUUUAGGUUUGAUGAGGCCCUAAGCUACUGAAAGUAAUGGGGCUCUUUAUAUGUCCAGCUGUCCUUUGUCAACAACAAAUUGUUGCUGUUUUUUUGUACUGAAUACAUGCUAUAUGGUAAUUUAUGGACCUAAUAGGUCCAUACACAACACAAACACUGUUGCUGUAUGUAGGUUUUAUUUUAUUUGUUUUUAAACUUAUAUUUUGAAAAUGUACAUCCAGGUUUUUUUUUUUCCUUUUAAGUUUUUUGGGGGCCCUCGAUUGCAGACAGCAAUCCAACCUCUGUAUAAAAGGUUCUAAGGAAGGAGAGUCCACCACCUUCCAAGGGAGUCCAUCCCACUGUUGAACGACUUUCACCACCAGAAAGUUCUUCCCAAUGUUGAGUUGGAAUCUUCUUUCUUGUUAUUUGAACCCAUUGGUUCAGGUCCUCCCCUCUAGAGCCGCCGAAAACAAGCUUGCAACCCUUUCGAUAUUUGAAGAUGGCUAUCAUGGCACCUCUUUAUCAUCUCCAGGCUAAACAUCCCCAACUCCCUCCAUCAUUCCUCACAAGGCUUGGUUUCCAGACCCUUGCUGCAAAUAACAGGGACCUGGUCGCUCACUGCGAGAAGAGGAUGCUGGACUUAGUUGGAUCACUGGCCUGAUCCAGCAGAGCUCUUCCGCAACCUUCAGGCACAGAGGCAAUCUAUCUUGAUUCCUUAUGGCAUUUGGCCACUGUGGCCAUUCUGUUCUCAAAGUGGCAUUUGGUCACUGUGAAAACAGGAUGCUGGACUUAGAUGGGCCCCAUUUGGCCUGAUCUAGCAGCCACACUCUUUUCAUCUUCUUGUGUGUUAGAUUUCUGAGGGGAGUUCUUUAUUCCUGGGGCAGGGGGCUCUUGAUCAUAGAAUUGUAGAGUUGGAAGGGAGCUUAAGAGUCAACUAGUUUACCCCCCCUUGCUGUUUAAGAAUCACAAUCUCAUGUUUUCUCAUGAUUUAUUGUUUUUUUUUUAAUGUAUUUUCAUUAAAGAUUUUCUUAAUUUACAAAAGUAUGUGCAAUGUCUCUCUCUCUCUUUCCCCCCCUCCAAGUAACAUUUUUACAGAUCAGUUUCAUUUGUUGAGACAUUCAGAAAAAGAAUGUCUAGGGUGUGGUUGGCCUAGGGUGUGGUUGUUCAUUUGUGAUUGGCUGUGGUGAUCUUCGUUUUCAUGUGUGAGUGGGUGGGUGUUUUGGAUCAGGUUAGCCAUAUUGAAUUGUAUGAUGUUGGUGGAUUUUUGUCAUUGUCUUGUUGGGCUGUGUAUGUGAUUGUUUUCAGGUGGUUUCUGUCUUAACAUCCCUCCAUGCUUUCUUUCUUCAAGGGCCCAUCUGGUUCCUGCUUUCUCCUUUGGGGAGAAUGACCUUUUCCAGCAGGUUCUCUUCAAGGAAGGGAGCUGGAUGCGGAGAAUCCAGGACAGAUUCAGAAAGAUCCUGGGCUUCUCCCCCUGCUUUUUUUAUGGAAGGGGAUUCUCCUCUGUUCGUUCCUGGGGACUCCUUCCUUUCCCCAGACCAGUCACCACUGUCAGUGAGUAUUUCCUGACCCCAGAGGCGUAGCGGGGGGGGGGGGGAAUGGGACCAUGGGGGCGCAAACAGGAGCCCCCACAGCAGGCUUCUUCAUAAUAGCCUACCUCCACACCAGAAGGAACACCGCCUUGGCUGCAGCAACUGUGCCUGGUGCAGUUCUGCUCCCCCCCCCCCCGGUCAGGCUUGAUCUGGGGGAGGAGAGCAGACAAGUGGGUGGCAGCGCUGCCGCCCACCCUCCUCGGCCAUGGCACACCUUGCACCCAACAGCAGCGGCUCUGCCGCUGGGUCACUACUGACCAGGCAGUGGAGAGCAUCCCACCUUGGCCGUGGCGAGGUGCGCUCGGCCGCAAUAGCUCCACAUUCGUUGCCGGGUCAGGCCUGACCCAGUGGCAGAGAGUAGGGGAGAGUUGGCAGCCGCUUCCCCACCCCUCUCUUAACCCUGAACUGUGGCUCAUGGAGGGUGUCCGCCACGCUACCCUCGGGGGGUGCUCCACCCGCCUGCCCCAGGCAGCGCGGGCAUACGCUCCACCGCUGCCUGACCCACCCACACCCUCAAAUGGAAUAGCUGUAGCUCACUGCAUUAUGGCUCACAGUAGUCUGUAGUCUCUCACUGAAUCAUGGGUUUUGUAAUCUGAAAUCUCUCAUUGCAUCAUGGGGUUCAUAGUUUGUAUAUCAUUGGGGAAAGGCUGUAACUCAGUGGUAGAGCAUCUGCUCUGCAUGCAGAAGGUCCCGGGUUCAAUCUCUGCAAGCAUGUCUGGAUAAGACUGGGAAACAGUCCCCUUGCCUGAAACCAUGCAGAGCUUCUGCCAGUCAGUGUAGGCAAUACUGAGCUUAAUGGACCAAGGGUCUGUCUUGGUCUAAGGUGGUUUCCUAUGUAGUAUUAUUAUUAACCAUUUUAUUUCUAUACGGUUUUAUAUUUAUAAAGAAAAAAAUUCUAAAAGCGGUUCACAACACAUUAAAACAUAAAAUAAAACAAUGCAGAAUAAAACAUUACUUAAGGAAGUCAUAUAUUAAAUUAUACAUUCAAAACAAUAUAAUUAAUAGGAAAUGAAAAUAUAAUCUUAAACAUUACAAAGGUGUCAGCUACGGAAUGCACAUUUAACUCAUCACAGUUAAGAGAAAAAAUUCAAAAGAAAACAUUACUAAAGGAAGUCAAAUAUAAAAUGCACAUUUAAAAUAGCAUAAUUAAAGAGAGAGUAACAUAUGUACCCUGAGGGGUCCACAUCAUCUCACCUUGGUCUUGCAGGUGAUUUGAACUAGAUUACCUUGGGUGGAUCUCCCCAGCCCUAUACUUCUACUAUUCUAUGAGGUCCUCCUCCUUUUUUGUCCUUCUGCACAUGUUCAGCCUCUCCUUUCUUCUUCCCUCCUUAGUUGGAGAGCCCCUGGUGGUGCCCAGGAUGGAGAACCCAACCUGUGAGAUGGUGGAUCGCUACCAUGCCAUGUACAUCCAUUCUCUCCGCAAGCUCUUUGACGACCACAAAGCCAUGUACGGGUUGUCAGAGACGGCCGAGCUUCGGAUCCUAUGACUGAGAUUGGCAACAGGAGGGUGGAGGGAGGAGACAAAGGUGCCAACAGGUUCCUGCCCCUCAGCAAGGGCUCCCUCACCUCUUAUACCAGGCCCAUGCUUGCCUUGCCAAGUUCCAAGUCCCCCAGCAACAUAGCCUUAAAAACUGUUUUGCCCAUGGACUCCCUGAUUUUCCUAUUUGGCCGCAGUAAAGAAACUGUUCUAACAGAGGGCAGGAAAUUGAGGCAACACCUCUUAACUGCUGCCAGAAAUAAUUAUUUGACAAAAAUGGGGGGGGGGGGAUUGAACACCAUCCAUGAGAGAAUCAUAUAACCAUAACAUUGUAGAGUUGGAAAGUACCCUGUUGGGUCAUCUAGUCCAACCCUCUGCAAUGCAGGAAUCACAACUAAAUAAUCCCUGACAGGUGGAUAAUGGAUAACUAAAAUAUGGGACAUAGUAUGCAUAAUUAAACUUAAACAAUUGAUGAGAACUAGAGAGGGAGGGCAACAAGAUAGUGUCUAAAAAUGGAGUAUUUUUAUAAUGUUCUGGAGUAAUAAGAUAAACCCACAUGUGUUAGUUGUCACCUUGUGAUAUUAAUUUAUUACAUUUGAUUUUGGAAAUCUGUUCCUAUGUGCUUAGCUCUGGCUAUCCCCUAUGUAUUUGGCAUCUGCCAUUAUACUUUGUUCCGUUUUAUUAUAAAUAAAUGUAUGUUUUGUUAAAAAAAGGAUUGACCAGUCGACGACAAGGAAAAAAACUACUGCCAGCCUGAGUAGAUAAUACUGAGCCACAUGGAUCAAUGGAUUUCUUUACGCAGCGUGUAGAUAUACUUAUUACUCUAACCUAGACAUCUUCAAAAGAAGGUUCGACAAAUUCAUGAAGGAGGAAAGGCUGUACUCUGCCUACAUCAUCGGAGGCAGUGAAGCUUUUGAAUAUCAGUUGCUGGAAACCACAGGAGGGGAGAGUGCUGUUGCACUCAUAUCCUCCUCAUAGGUAUCCCAUGGUGGCCGCUGUGAAAACAGGACACUUUGGCCUGAAACAGCUGUUGCAGGUCUGAGCUUAGUUUCUUAUGAUUCCUAAGUGGAAUCUCCAUGAAUGGAGCCAAUCUAACAUUGAAUGGGGGGGAACAGUCUUCCAGUUUGGAGGUAGUGCUGUGAAACAUGUCUUUCAUUUCUCUCCCGACCAACAAGCUUUCAAACUACUGAAUUAUCAGGCUGCUUGGACAAAGACUCUGGUUAUCAGUAAAAAAAACCCUCCUAUUAUAUAUUAUUUCCUUCUGACAAGGUAUAGCCAUGAAGAGCUAGAGCUAAUGAGGGGUAGCUUCUUCAAGUUCAACUGUGUCACUAUUGGUUGAGUCAAAGAAAAUGGUGGAGGAGGACUCGAAUACUGAUUUAGUGAAAGCGAUCCUGUCUCAAAUACAAGUUCUGAAGCCAAUCCGAAAAGUCUUGGCAGAGCUUAAGAAUGAUCUGAAGCAGAUGCAAGAUAGAUGGUUCACUAUGAAGAUCGUUUGAAUAUCCAUGAGACCGUUACUCAAGCUAGCCAUAAUAUUCUGGAUAAACGAAUUACCUGUUUGGAGUCAUAGUUACACUGGAAAAAUCAGUGUAUAAUUGGCAUUGAAAAUCCUCCAACUCAAGCAAAGUAUAUGGUGCAGAGCAUACAUACCUUGCAACAUUUCUCUGAUGAAAACAGGGACAUCCCAUUCCAUAAUAAUUUUACUAUUUAUACCCUACCCAUCUUACUCAGUUGCCCCAGCCACUCUGGGCGGCUUCCAACAUAAUAAAAACAUAAUAAAACAUUAAACAUUUAAAAAAACUUCCCUAUACAGGUUUGCCUUCAGACAGUUUGGGGGUUGGAUAACUCCAUACCCUCCGGCAUUUUUCCAAUGAAAAUAGGGACAUCCCACAUACCCUACAACAUUUCUCCAAUGAAAAUAGGGUCACCCUAAGGAAAAGUGGGAGAAUCCGGGAUCAAAUCAGGGAUGUCCCUGGAAAAUAGGGACACUCGGGGCCUGGACUAUAUGGUGGAUUUUUUCAAAAAGCUUCUCUCUCUGGGAAGGUACUUCCCAAUUGAGAUAGAACACGUUACCUUAAUUCCUGUAACAAGCCAGAGGACUGCAACUCUUUCAAAUAUUAUGAUUGUGCAAUUUCUGCAUGUCACUGCAAGAGACAAGAUUCUACAUACAUUUUGCCAACAAUCAGUAAAAUCUCUGCUGAAAUGGAAUCAAAAUUAGAUAGCAAUUUAUCCUGACUUUAGUAAAGAAAUGUCUGAAAAGCACAGACUUUCCACAAAAGCACCAACUCUUGCAAGGUCAGAACAACUCCAAUAUUUCAUGUGCUUUCCAGCUACAUUCUGCAUUAACCAUGAAGAUCAAAUUCACAAAUUUGUCAGUCCCUCGAAUGCAGAGGCCUUUAUCUUAAUCAAAUUUGCAGAUGAUCAGACAUGAUGAUUUAAGGAAGAAAUGUAAAUCUCUGAAGAUGUCCUCGAGAGGUUUCAUUUUGAAUGACUCUGUGUUUUCACUUUCUUUUUUCUUUCUCCUCUCAUUUGUUUUCUCAUACUGACCCAUUCUGAUAAAAAGUCUGGGCAUACUGUCAAUAAAAGAAAUCAGC